GCAGUACAUCUGCUGUUCUUCAAACCAAUUCUUACUGUUCCUGAUCAGUUUUCAACCUACUUGGGCAUCAAUCUUUCGUUGCUCUUAGAAGCAUCUGGCUUUUCUGCUGCUAGCACUGAAUCCCUUCCCCAUAAUCAGCCUCCGCUGAUCCCGGUUGAUUUUAGACUCAAUGGAGCAGUGUUCGUGGGUUAUUUGAAACAGAUUUGAGGAAAAUCACCCUCAAAAUUCAUAUAGAGUUUUCAGUACUCUUUAGCCGUUGGAGGGGUUAACAACUUCCAAAGCCUGACUUUGUCACCGUGUAAUCUUGAUCCAUCUUCUUGCGAGUUUGCCAACGGAGUAAAGCUUUCUCUAUCUUGUCCUGUUUGGGAACAGACGAGUUUUUUGUGCGAUUCUCGACUCUUUUAAUUCCAGCUGAAGCUUAGCCUAUCUUAUAGUAAUUGGGCUCCUUGCCAAGAUGUGGAUAGUUGGCGUUUACAUUGCUAUUGCUGCAAUUGCAUUUGGGUUAAGUGUUGCUACUGCAGCAGCUUUCCUACUCUUUCAGUGGAAGAGGAGGAAGCAUGGCCAAUGUAAGAAUGCAGAUGUUGAGCUGCAACAGCUUAGUUUGAGCGUAAGAACUACCAGCGAGAAGAAAGUUUCAUUCGAGGGAUCCAAUGACGAUUCUCUUAACGGUCACACGAUCGACACCACCCCACAUAAAACAGUACUGGUUGAGACAUAUAGUACUGAAGAACUGAGAAAGGCGACAGAGGAUUUCAGUUCAGCUAAUCUCAUUGAGGAUUCUGUAUUCCAUGGUCGUCUAAAUGGAAAGAACUUGGCGAUAAAGCGUACGUCGAUGGAAACCAUCUCAAAGAUUGAGCUUGGGCUUUUUUAUGAUGCCAUUCACCAUCAUCCCAAUAUAAUCAGGCUUUUAGGGACCUCCUGCAGUAUGACAGAGGGCUCUGAGUCUGAUUCCUUCUUGGUUUUUGAAUAUGCAAGGAAUGGAUCAUUGAAGGACUGGCUUCACGGUGGAUUGGCCAUGAAGAGCCAAUUCAUUGAGUCCUGCUAUUGCUUCUUGACUUGGAAUCAAAGGCUGAAGAUCUGCCUAGAUGUAGCCAUAGCCAUACAGUUCAUGCACCACAUUAUGCAUCCUGCUUAUGUCCACAGAAACAUAAAGAGUCGAAACGUAUUCUUAGAUGAAGAUUUCAAUGCAAAAGUUGGAAAUUUUGCUAUGGCUAGAUGUGUUGAAGACAGGGUAGAAGACCAGCAAUCUAAUCCAAGCCCACCUGCCUCCUGGAGUACAGGCUAUUUGGCGCCUGAGUAUCUUCAACAGGGUGUAAUUGCCCCAAGCAUAGACAUUUUUGCUUUUGGCGUCAUUUUGCUUGAGAUUUUGUCAGGACAAACACCAAUGAUAAGGACUGACCUCAAAGGUGAUGAUUACAUUUGCUUGUCUCAGAAAAUCAAGUUCAUCUUGCAGUCCGAUAACGCCGAAGAACUGAGGGAGUGGAUAGACAAUGCACUGGGAGAGAAUUAUUCAUUUGAUGCAGCAGUAACUUUAGCCAACCUUGCAAGAGCCUGUGUCGAAGAUGAUGCAUCUUUAAGGCCGAAUGCAGGAGAAAUUGUUGAAAAGCUAUCAAGAUUAGUUGAAGAAUUGCCAGAAGGAGAUCAGUUUGCUACAUGUGAAAGCUCGUGCAAACCACUAGUGAAGGCAGCAGCAACUGCUAUGUAAACAAAGUAGGCAUCAGAUGUUGUAAUUUACAUUUGAUGUGAAUUUAAAUAUAG